AUGGCCGCGACUGCUCUCCCGCCAUAUCGGCUGCCCCUGCAGGACUUCCUCAAGGCCUCGCACUUCGCGCUGGGGCCGGACCCGCGGCUGCACAAGGGUGCCAUGCACUCUACGUCGCGCCGGGACUUCCCGGCCUACUCCGGCGUCACCCGCCUGCCGCCGUGCCGCCAGCCGCCGCGCGCGUCCCUUUUCCCGCAGGAGGCGUGCUGGGAGCUCCACGAGCGCCUGUCGGAGUCGCACCGCGCGUUCCAGCCGCCGCCGCCCGAGUCCGCGCUGUCUGACCAUCUGGCAAGGGAGCGCACGCUCGCCAUGCAGGUCACCAACUUGUGCAUGCACGCGGACGCGCAUGCCGGUCCCAGCGUCUCCAGCGCGCGCGCCGCCUACGUUUGGCCUGAGUUGCCGGCGCGAGCCAGCGAGCGCAUCCCCGGGGCGCGCCUCAACUUCGCCGGCGACUCGGUGCCGCCUGGCGACCGCGCCAAGCUGGGCAUUCCUCCCACCACGCACCGGGACCUCUUCCCGCCACACGAUGCCUGCCCGCAGCCGCGCGCACCCUGCUACCACCUCGUAGGCCCCAGCCCACUCAAGGGGGACCACAGGAGACAGGCCUACAGGACUUCCUACCUCAAACAGUUCCAGGCGUUGCCGGGGCCACCCGCCUCCAUGUGUAAGAGGGCCUCCUCCAGUGUGGAAUUGGGAGACUGCAAGAUUGGCUAUGGGCCCAUGUGCUCUGAGCAGAAACAGGCCUACAGGCCCCAGGGUCUGCCCCCAGACAGGUAUGACAAGGCUCAGGCCGCAGCCCACAUCCACAAUGUGAAUAUUCGUCCUGGAGAUGGCCUCUUCCACGACACCACCACCAAGACCCAGCACUUCUACCCCCGAGAGCUAGAGCCUUUUGUUCUCGGCCAUGACAGGACUCCACUCUCCCACAUCCUGGAAGGGAACCAGCGCCCCGGUCCGGGCAGCCUCACCACCUCCACGCAGUUCUUCCUCGGCCAGCCGCCGCCCCUGAACCCGCCACCCAGCCGCCACGUGCCCCACGAGAAAUUGCAGAGCCACGUGACUCUAGGUGAGGCUUCGCUGUUUAAAGACUUCUUCCAGACUUCGAUGGGCUCGGACUAUCUAGCCCCAGAGCCGCAGCGUCCACUGAAAGCGCUCAACCUCCACCUAUUGGAGAGCAACUUGCCAAAGGGCACAGGCAAGCCAGAUUUUUUAACCAUGAACCAGAAGAUGCUGAAGCCGCACAGAAUAGCUCCAGCCCCCAUGACUGAGGAGCUGCUACAGCAGUGCAAGUACAGCCACAUAGAACACCCGCUGGGUGGACAGCGAGUCUUCUCUACCCGCUACCAGGAGGAGUUUCCCUACAAGUACCAGGGCCCUGUGAAGCUGAGCUGGGGCAACUUCCAGGAGAGCCAUGUGCUCCUGGGUACACCUCACCGGAUGGGCUGCGAGGAAAGGGAGGACCCUCGAGCCCCUCAGACUCCCGUCUACCCAUGCCACAGUCAGCAAUAAACACCACCUUGGCAACAUCCAU